UGUGACCUGCAACCCUCGCUAUAUGAAAAAGAUGGUGGGCCGUGACCUGCUGUGGCUGGCUGUGGCCUCCUGCAUUCUGAUAUUGGCAUCUCCAUCUACAAUACAGCAAGGUUAUGGAAGCCUCAGAAACAGCAGCUUUGAUGGGCCAGACUUGGACUGUGGAGCCCCUGGCACUCCAGAAGCUGAUAUCUGCUUUGACCCCUGCCAGAAUUACACCAUUCUGGAUGAUCCCUCCAGAAGCACAGAGAACACAGUAGAAGCAGAUGAGUGUGACGAUCACCUGCGAGGCUGGUACCGCUUUGUGGGUGAAGGAGGAGUGAAGAUGCCAGAAACCUGUGUGCAUAUAUACCGGUGCCAUACCUCUGCUCCCAUGUGGCUAAAUGGGUCUCACCCCUCCUUGGUAGAUGGCAUUGUCAGCCGCACAGCCUGUGCCAACUGGAAUGAAAAUUGCUGCUUCUGGGAUUCUGAGGUCCAGGUGAAGGCCUGCUCAGAAGAAUCAGGAAGCUAUUACGUGUACAGGUUACAGGGUACCCCUGAAUGCAGUCUGAGAUAUUGCACAGAGCCCUCUGCUAAUUGUGAGAUCACUUGCCGACCUGAGGAGGAGUGUGUGCUCCAAGAUGGCAACUGGGCCUGUGUCUGUAGUCAGAGCCUCAAUGUUUCUGAUAUUCAGAGUUUGCAGCCUGAGCUGGACUGUGGCCCUGAUGAGAUCAAGGUGAAGCUGGACAAGUGUUUGCUGGGAGGUCUGGGUUUCAAGGAGGAGAUUGUUGCUUACCUGAAUGACCGGAACUGCAGCAGAAUCAUGCAAAAUGAGCCCAACAACUGGGUGUCCAUUACCAGCCCUGUUGUGGCUAGUGACUGUGGGAACAUUCUGGAGAACAAUGGGACCCAUGCCAUCUACAGAAACACCCUCUCCUUGGCCACUGAUUUCAUUAUCAGAGACUUCCUCGUCAAUAUCAACUUCCAGUGCUCCUACCCACUGGACAUGAAGACCAGCCUCCAAACUGCACUGCACCCUAUUGUAAGUUCCUUGAAUAUUGAUGUGGAUGGGGCAGGAGAAUUCACUGUCAGGAUGGCCCUCUUCCAAGACCAGAGCUACACACAGCCGUAUGAAGGGGCCAACUUGGUGCUUCCAGUGGAGUCUAUGCUCUAUGUGGGGGCCAUCUUGGAGAGAGGAGACACCUCCAGCUUCAAGCUGUUGCUGAGGAAUUGCUAUGCCACCCCCACAGAAGACAGGAAUGACCCUGUGAAGUAUUUCAUCAUCAGAGACAGCUGCCCAAAUAAACGUGAUUCCACCAUCCAUGUGGAGGAGAAUGGGAUGUCCCCAGAAAGCCGAUUCUCAGUACAGAUGUUCAUGUUUGCUGGAAAUUAUGACCUAGUUUUCCUGCAUUGUGAGGUUUACCUGUGUGACUCCACUAAGGAAGAGUGUGAACCAACUUGCCCUAUAAAUCAACUCCGCAGAAAUGGACCAGGCAUUAACUUGGCCCAGGUUCUAGAUUUAGGACCCAUUGCUAAGAAAGGUGCUCAGACCUUGAGUGGGAGUCCCAGCACUGCAGGGUUCCUGAUGGCCUGGCCCAUGCUUUUCCUGCCUGUCUUCCUGGCUCAGCUGUUCUAAUAGGCCAGCUGGGCACCUGGCCUAGAAGCUUGCGAUCUUCCCUCUGGCAAUGGCUCUUAUCCACCCUUUGGUAGAGCUGGAUCCCUCUGUGCAUCAUGUGAACAGUCUUGGUUCAAGGCUAGACUGGGUUUGGAGAAAGGGAAGAGCACUCUCCAUUAUGUUCCUCUUUACCUUGUUCUGAGGUUCUGCCAGCUUUUUUCAUUGCCAACUUCCUCACUCAUUAGUGAGGUUUGAGAAGAGAACCUAAAUCCACUUGGUGACUCUUUAGUACUAGUAAUUAGUGGAAGUGCAAUACACAUUAGUAACUCCUGGACAGAGGUGUCCUUUUAGUGGGUGGGAAAUCUGUGAUUCUUCCUAAAUGUUUCCUGUCUUGA